CUAUUGUCAUCAUGGACAUCCAUUGGGUGUCCUCGAAACGACGGUGUACCCUACUACUCACUCUUUUCUUCAUCCUUUUCAUUGUUCCUGUCAGUUAUGGUCGAAUUGAACAAUGCCCUGUAGAGACGGAAUGCAUGUGCCUCUCACUUCGCAUGGUAAAUCCGACUGUCAUUGUCCGAUGCAAUCGCUUGCUCAUCAAGGAAUUCCCAACCAUGCUGCAUAAGGUUUUAGUAUUCUUUGCUUUCCAGACAAAAGCUACGACAUUAACCCAUAGAUCGUUCCGCAAUGCUACUAGCCUUGGUAUGAUCAAAAUCGAAGAUAAUCCUAUCACCAGUAUCGAGGCGGGAUGCUUGAGUCUUUUACCAAACCUAGAAAUUCUUGAAAUGGCAAAGGUCAACUUGAGAGAUACAUCCGAAUUGCACGGGCUUCGAACAGUGAUAAAACUAUCACUAAGUGACAACUUCUUGAAGAAUUUUACAACAGGAUCCUUACUUGAUGUCCAACAACUCGAUGUAUUGGAACUUGAUGGAAAUUUCAUAAAUUCAUUCACAUUUAGUCAUGACAAAUUGAAAAAGCUGAAUCUGAGUCGGAACAACUUCAAGAUGGUUCACAAAGAGUCGUUCAAGGACCUGAGCAUGUUAGAUACGUUGGAUCUCUCAAAGAACUUUAUUACCCAUCUUACCAAUGUUGUAUCCCAAAGUCUACAGUCACUGUACGUGGCUUUUAACCAGAUCGAACAAAUAGAUGGAGCUAUGUGGCAAGAUGUUCCAGCAUUGAAAACCCUUGAUGUGUCCAACAAUCAGAUCAAUGAUCUCACAAAUAUCUCGGGGAUUCCCUUUCUAGAGAAUCUGAACGCCAGCAACAAUCUGGUUGAGGAUCUCAACAGCUUACAUGCUUCAGAGACACUACGCCACCUAAAUCUCAGUCAUAAUAGCAUCAAACGUCUGAGCGAGAUGUCCGCCUUCCCCUUGUUGGAAACGCUCCGCUUGGCAGAAAAUGCGAUAGAAUAUUUGGACGGCAGUGCUCUUGGAAAUAGCCCACUACUGACGUACUUGUCUCUAGAGGGUAAUAAGUUAACAGAACUGGGACCUCUUAGCAACAACCCUCGUCUUGUUUCACUCUUUCUCCAAAACAAUAAGAUAGAGAAUAUCCAAGUAGGUUUUUUCACUCAUUCUGUAAGUCUUAAGAAUGUCGAUGUAGGGUCUAACAAGCUAAGUGACAUACAGGCGUUCAAGAAUAUGCCAUCGUUGGCCUAUCUAAAUGCAUCUGAAAACAUGAUUCGGGAAAUACAUGUACAAAGUCUACGAGGCUGUAUGAAAUUGUCUAUACUUGAUCUGAGUAAAAACGUUUUAGAGGCAUUUCCCAAUUUCCCGCUGUUAUAUUGGCCAUUCGAGUUAUAUUUGGAUUUCAACCCUAUUCGUAUAUUCGAGUGGAACAAAUUGCAAACUUUGAUUUCCUUGCGUCGACUGUCGUUGAACGGAACGUCGAUCACUUAUUUACCACCUAACAGGCGAAUCAUCCCCAUAACCCAUAUUUCAAUAAAGAAUGACAACGGCUCUGUACAAAUUGCAAAUGACGCUCUGUCUUCUCUUGUUAGUUUGACUAGCUUAUCGAUACGUAAUGCAGAAGAUGUGUCUCCACAGAUUUUUACGACGGCUCAUAAUCUUAAAAGGCUGGAACUUCGCUCAGGGUAUAUAUCGGAGAUCUCAACUGAUUGGCAGUUCAUGUCUCUUGAAUACAUCGAUCUCUCAAGGAACCAGAUAGAAAAAAUAGAAAUUGGCGAGGUAUCCAUGGCAAGGCUGAAGAAUGUGAUCCUAACACACAAUCUCAUCCCCAACAUCUCUUUCGUGAAUCACAUUCCAAAUAUUGUAGAACUCAACCUACGACAUAAUCGAAUUAGGCAUAUUCCAAAAGAUACAUUUAGAUUGUGUUCCAAGCUUACCGUGCUUGACUUAUCAUACAACCUGAUCGAGAAGAUCAUUAUCGGAACGUUUGAUGCACAUCGAUCUAUCAGGAAUCUGUACCUUUCUUACAAUAUGCUCACUAAUUUCUCCCUUGCGUUUGAUGAAUACACAGAGAGUAGUCAUGUGUUUAAGUCUAUCAGUGUAGUUCAUCUUGAUGGGAAUCGCAUAUCUGCGAUUGAUUCUAUGACUUUCAAAAGUUGCCAGUAUAGUCUAAACAAACUAAACAUGUCUCACAACCCGCUCAGAUUUAUAAACGAAACAACGUUUCAUUCAUUCUCUGGCAUACAGUCUGUUGAUUUCUCAAAUACAGAUAUACAAAUGAUUCCGACAGGACUAUUCCAAAGUAUUAACAGCUUUGUGACUCCAGAUGUAAUGUUGAAUAACGUGACCUGUCUAAAGGGCACAGAUAGCAUAAGUCUGUCUUAUCCUGAGGAAAAGAUUGUCAAUAGACUUGAAAUGAGACACAAUAAUUUAACCAAAAUUCCAAGUUUCAAUACCAGCACAGUCUUUGAGCUCGAUGUAUCUCACAACGAAUUGUCAGGUGAUUAUUUCGGAAAUGUGAGUGGAACUCGAGAUCUGAAGGUGCUGGAUUUAAGUAAUAACAAUAUUGAUGUACUGGACGGAGAUUUCAUUCAUACCUUCUCAUUUCUGAAGCACUUGAAUGUAAGCAGGAAUAAUUUGCAGAGGUCCAAUAUUAACCUGUUUGACAGUCUGCAUGAUUUGGAAACGAUUGAUCUCACCAACAACAAGUUGGAUGGUGUUGAGAUGAAGACAACGGACGGCCUCAAGUCCAAUAUCCGAAUCAAUUUGACCGGGAACCCCAUCCAGUGUAAUUGCUCUCUGGUAAAAUUUAUUCAACAUUUGAAACAAAAUCAGGGACUCUUUGGUGAUGAUCUCCCAGAAGGUGACGUGGAGUGUCAGAAACCGUUGAGACUUUUGGGAGAAUACGUUGCUGACGUGCCUCCAGAGCAAUUUCAGUGUAAACCGGAACUAAACCCUUCCAAGUCUGUAGCCUACGCCGCGACCGGAGAUCAGGUAAGCUUGGAGUGUCCAUUGCGUGAUCUCAAUGGUGUCAACGUGACAUGGGUGAACAUGGAAGAAGAGCUCGAGAAUGGUACAAAUAUACAAGUAUCUACAGAUGACCGACUGCUGAUCAAACAAAUAACAGACACGGAGUAUGGAAGUUAUCAGUGCAAUGCAACAAACUUUGAAGGUUCGGCACUUUUGACUGUCGACCUUCAUGUACGUAUCAACAUCCCCACCAAUGACACCAUUCGCAAUAUCGUUGGCAGAGGGGCAACCAUUAAGCCUACCCAAAGCGUCAUGAUUGAUUAUCAAGUUAGCAUGGAGACAUUGGCAGUCACUGAUGUCAAUCAUGAUCCUGGAGCUAAAAGGCAAACAUCAGACGGGGAAAUUCUCCCAUCAACGUCUUCAGAGAUCUCCGAGGCCAUUCACGCAGAAUUAUCGAUGUUUUGUGUCGUGUUCAAUAUUAUGAUAGUGUUCACUAUAUAAUAUGAAACUCACUUCAUCAAAAAAAUCUUAAAAAGACAACGAAUAUGAACAGAUCAUUUAAUUGAUAGCUGAUAUAAAAAUAGCGUAAACUAUCCAGCAUCAACUAUGACAGAGAAAAAAAAAACCUGACGCCCAACGCAAUUAAGUGUCUGUAGCUUGCCCCAAAGCUCUUGCUUUUGCGAAUAUUUUGGAAACUUUUUCUCCAUUCUCAGCUUCCCACCUAAUUUACAGAGUACGUAAAGGUCUCCACAAGCUAACACUGAUACAAUUGGUCGUACUCUCAGUCUCAAUCUGAGGCUCGGUCAGGAAGCGUCACUUCUGUUUGUUGUAUAUACCACAAAAAAAUCUCACAAAAGGGCGUCCAAGACUUUGAUUUUUUGGCUACAUGUGCCUGAGGAAUGAGGUAUCAGUCAUAUCAGUACCGAAAUGUGACAACAUCAGACUGCAUCAGAGAACAUUAUAGGCCCAGAACAUGAUAACAAACAUGAGGCUGAAGAGCAUAUAGGCGUCGUAUAACCUUGCGUUGAGAAAGGACACUGCAAUUUUCUACAAUCCGAGCCAUUAUGUCGUGGUGUAAUGAUUGGGUGGUCCCGACGAUCUUUGAUGGGCAGUCUAGCUUGGGCAGGAUAACCCACAUGCCCUCUCAGUUGUUAGUAUUUAAAGCAUUUGUCAGGUAAUAUAGAUGCUGUAGAUAUUCUAGUUGGGUUUUUAAAUGCCACAAUUACCAUGUUCGUUGUGCGCCUAAACCCAUGCUUACCGUCUCAUUUCCCAACAAGUGAUGUGUACUGUGCGGGUCAGUUCAGGACAACCGUUCCAAGGACAUUGAUCUUUCUUGCAAUAUUUGGCAAUGAGAUAGAUCUGUGGUUGUCACAUAAAGAAGCGCAGUGUGCUAGUUUUGACAUUCUUGCAUUCCUGCAGAGCUCAGAAAGUUCUUUCAAAAUAGCUUCACCUCCUCAUUUGAAGAGUUCCAGGGAUAAUAGGCCUACAUCACGAUAUGGUGCUUUCCCCGUCUCUAGUUACUUCUUGGCUUUCUGGACCUCUGUCAGUGGUGGGUGCCAUCAAGACAGUGACACAAGGACUGGACGCUGAAGUAUAUCUUGGUAGUCUGCACUUGUCCAUCUUGGAACCAUUCUUUAGCAGCCUGGUGAAAUAUUUACUCCUGCGUUUUAUGAUAUGUUGCUAUUCUCAGUCAGCAGGGUUCAGGUUUCAUCGUGUUCGACAUAAGGCCAUACACAUCUUUCAAACCAACAAAGACCAUAUUGGAGUUUGUCCAUCUAUCUUACUGUCGUAUAUAGUUAUGCAUCCUUCUACCACUUGUAUUUGUGUCGCAGCUUGACCUGAACUUUCCCUAAUGUUCAAGAGAUGGUAUUGCUUUGGCUUCUCGAUCCUGUCGAAAGAAGUUAUUUCCUCGUUACUGUCUGACAGGUCCUAAUGAUUCAGUUUUGUACGGUUGGGAUUGGCAGUGUCGUAUGCCAUCCCAGGAGUUUCCCUAAACCUUAGUUAAGUCCCCUCUGCUAUUAGUGUUAUUGGGGACCUCCUUUUUUUCUUGUCAUUCAAUUUUAAUGGACGUUGAAACUUGACUUCUGGCUUCUUGUUUAUGCAACUUGUUUACUGUUGUCUGCACUUAGGAAGCCCCCAUCAUUGCCUUUGUGCUGCACACACCCUAGGUGAUAAGUUGCCCGGUGAUCACGUGAACUUAGUUAGAUCAGUGGCGUAACAGGCGGGGGGGCAGGGGGGGCAAGCUGCCCCCCCUGGCGGAGCUCACCGGGAAAAUAAAAAAAAACGGGAAAAAGAAAAAAAAGGGGGGAAGAAAGGGAAAGGGAAAGGAAAGAAAAAAGGGGGGAAGUGAAAGGAAAAGGGAAAAGAAAACUAAGAAAAAACAUGAAAAAGGGAAAACGGAAAGAUAACGGGAAAAGGAAGGAAAAAGAACAAGUGACAAAGAACAAUUCGCCCCGAUAUACAAAUACAUUAGCAUGAUUAGUAAGACAGGGAAAUAAAUUAAAGAUGACAAAAAGGCAAACAAAAGCGGGAAAUAAAGGCAGAAUGGAAUUAGCCAAAAUCUAAAUUGGAAAAUAAAGAAUAGGGACAAGAUAACGUACACUACCGGGCUGCCGAGGAUUGAAAUAACGAGCGGGAAGAAAUAUGGAUGGUAUAUAGCAUAAUGUCGUAUGAAAGUCUAUCAUAAACUUGCUAAAUCUCCAAAGGCUCUGUCCAAGAGUCAAGACCCCGUGCAGUGGGGGCUCUUCAUCUGUAAUCUACAAUGAGUUCUAUAACGGGCCCCUAUAUAUGGACCCUUCCUACAUUAAGCUUUACGUUGAAGCACUGGUGUACCGGGGGUGGUUCCACAGCCAAGGGGAAAUAAAAGAAAAUAAAGGAGGCAGCGAAAUGAGAUGAAUGAAAAAAAAUAUAUGACAUGAUAUUUGCUAUAAUGAUGUAAAAAUCUAUCACAUAAUUAGAAUUUCAUUUUAACAUGCCUUUUUUUUUCUGGCUCGCUUCGCUCGCUGGCGACUUUUUACAAAUUUUCCCACAUUUGCUAUGGUGUGCCCCUCACAAUAUUUGGAUGAUUGCGAUACACAAAUGCAUUGAAUUUAUGUGUUGUGUUAAAGCUAUAUAAAUAUACACGCAAUUUGAUUAAAAACAGUGGCCAUCUGUAAGGUUUAAAAUGGCUUUGAUAUCAAGAGGUUCCGGGGCUCUGCCCUGGACCCCACCCAUAAAGCACUGUUAUAUGGAUGAGUUUGGACCAUGGCCCCCAAAAGUUCUACAACCAAACAAACAAAAUGAGGAAAGAAAGGAAAGUGUAUUAUAUUUUUCUGAAUAUCACGUUAAAAUCUAUCUUCAUGUUAGAUUCUCAUGAAAAGGUGAUUUUUUAUCUCGCUCGCUUCGCUCGCUCGGGACCUAUAUUAAGCCACUUCUUGCCAAAAGCGCCAUACUCGGCCCCCUCAAGCAUAAAGAGCUUCGCCCUGAUGCUCACAAUCAUAAGUUCACAACAAAAAUCCUGUUCACCGUGGCGUACAAAAAAAGAGUCAAAAAGAGGAAAGAGAGGAGGGUGAAUAUGAUAUCAUCUUUUUAACAUUAUGUUAAAAUCUAUCACAAAAUUUGAUUUUUUGCAAUAAAGAUGUCAAAAAAAUUUUGCUCGCUCACUUCGCUCGCUCGCUUAUAUAUAUAUAUAUAUAUACAUUUGCCCGAUACGCCAUAUCGCCCCCUCAAAAUUUUUGCCUUAUGACGCCAUUGCCUGUUCAAUGAUAUGACCGGGAAAUUUUUGGCUCUUGCCCCCCCUGGCCACCGACCCCUGUUACGCCGCUGAGUUAGAUCAGGGAAGCGUUUCAUCAAUAUUUUCAUCCGACAAGUUGUCAGAUCUGACAUCUUUCCAUGAUUUUGAUUGGCAGAGAGGCACAGUUCCUAUGGUAACUGUCGGAUAAAAUGGGACUUGUCGGAUAAAACGUCCGACAAGUCCUUUCAUGAAACGCCCCCCUUGGUCCCGUAACACAAAGGUAAGCGACUGAUCUUACGCUGAUUUUUGCGAUUAAAUUAUACAUUGUAGUCGAUGCAAUCAAUCGUAGAAGAAUGUUCUCCUUUAGUUAUUUAGAAUUGUAUAGUGGGCCCUAGUUUAUUUACAUUUCAUUAAUCCACGCAUUAUAGGCCUACUCAUUUAUUUAUUUCUUUACUUACGUGUUUAUUUUAGUGGCAAAUUCUUUCAUCAGGCAUAUCAAACAUAAAGUUGAAUAAAGUCGAAUUACAAUAGGGAACAGACUAAAAAAAACGAAAGGCUUACCCCGCUCCAUCUCCCAAACUUGCCUUGAAAAAUAAGAUAGGAUUCUUUUUCUGUGUAAGACCAUUACUAUUAGAAUUAACUUAAAAUAUGAUUGACGAUUAAUGAUUCUCAAUUGAGUUUUGUGCAUAUCACCUUGUUAUGUCCACCACGUUUGUAUCAUAAUUAUUGUACUUUCUAUUGUGGCACGGUGAAGCAUGAUAUGCUAUAAAAAUGCGAUUAUGUGUGGAAACAUGUAUAUCUCCCCCCCCCCCCAAAAAAAAAAAAAGUUGCUGUAAGCUGUUAACGCUGUCAUUUUCCGUAAGGUUGUUAUUAUACUACUCGUAAUUCUACUAUACUACUACUACUACUACUACUACUACUACUACUACUACUACUUCUACUACUACUUCUACUACUACUACUACUAUACUACUAAUACUAUUACUUCUUCAUCUUCUAUCACUACUACUACUACUACUACUACUUCUUCUAUUUCUACUACUUCUACCGCCACUACUACAUCUAUCAUUUUGGUUAAUAUAAUCAUCAUAAUUAUUCUUACGACUGCUAUUUAUUGUUCUUUAUUUUGAUGAAAUAUGUAUAUAUUUUGGGAAGUACAUUGUAGGUUUUGCAUAAUCAUAUGAAGCCUUAAUCAAUCAUUGUAUCCAUCAAUUACUUUGUAUUCACAGAAAUAACUUUCAUGGAUAUGUUUCGCGCACUACACAUAAUAUAAACCAAGCAGAUUGGAUUGCUUGUAAGCGUAUACAAUAUGUAGCUGUGGUUAAGUUUCAAUGUUGAAUAUUCUAACAUAACUAACCUUGCGAUAGAACAUAACCCAUAUGUGGCAGUAUGUAUACAAGAGAGCAUAAAGAUAAUUGUAAAUAUUCAUUAUCGGUUAUGACAGUUUCCCUAUUCCCUUUCCUUCGUUAUGGUAUGCCUAUUUAGACUUUAAUGUACUUUAAUUCCGUUCAAUUACUAUAUCUUUUUUUAAAACUAAGAUUCUGAAAGCCGACCAAACUAUCUAUGGGAAUCGAAAAAUGUUAAUAUUAGGUGACCUAAUCAGAUCAAUUUAUUAAUUUAUGCCUCUGUUAUUAUGUUGUUAUGUAAAUGAAUUGUUAUAAUUGUUAUGUUAAGAUGUGUACAUUGUCACAUGGCCCGAUGGGAGACCAACAUAUUGUUGAAUUGGCUUCCCUGUAAAUGAAUAAGAUCUUAUGCGUAUGGGGGCUUAGCGCCCCCCCCCCCCCAAAAAAAAAAAAUAGUUUCACAACUAAGAAAAAAAGAAAUGGAGAAAAGGAAAUAAAAUGGAAGGAAAGUAUUAUGUUGAAUAUGAUUAUAUCGCAAAAUUGUUUAAGAAGACCAAAUAAAUCUCGCUUCUCUCGCUAAUUUUUUUUGUCAUGUUUUGUUCCUCAAAAAAUUUGUUCAUUACGCGUUUAUCCCCUCAUCAGCGAGGCAGUGAUGUUUCCUACAUUCCUUUUUAGGCAUAUUCUGAGGUGCGCUAACUUCUAAAUAUGGCACGCGGGGAAUUUGUCGCCAGGAAAGUUGUCACUUAGAAUUAUGGAUAACGAUUAGUAAAACAUGUUAUGUGCAGUCAGAUGUAUUGUAUCACUGUCUACUCACCAGAAAUUAUUAUUAAAUGUUUGAUUAAAUGUCACCAUAUAAUCACAA